CUACCUUUACUGAAGUUCCCAAAGAUGUGACUGUUAGGGAGGGAGAUGAUAUUGAGAUGCCUUGUGCUUUCCGAGCCAGCGGAUCCACCUCUUACUCCUUGGAAAUCCAGUGGUGGUACCUUAAAGAACCAGCCAGAGAACUUGCACACGAAUUAGCCAUCAGUGUUCCCGGCAGCAGGAGCAAGGUAACAAAUAAGGAUGCAACCAAAAUCAGC